CCCACAAAAAAACACGUGAUUCACGCAUAGAGUCACAUCUCGUAUACACAAAGCUGAUCCUGAUUUUUGCGUCUCAUUAAAUUUUAUAAUGUAAUUCAUUCAUUUCAAUUGUUUUCUGAAGAAACAUGAUUACAAGCCAAGAAUAUUUUAAUCAUUAGAGACUUACGUUGACGGUAAUUUUUCUUAGAAGCGUUAUCUGGUAAAUAUCGAAUGGAAUAACAUCCUCACUUAUCUUUAAAUCUUCUUGAAUACCGAACACACUAAGCCAAAUAAGUUUACGUUUGUGUUUUAGUAUUCAAUAUUACUAAUCCAAUUUCAAACAAUGUCGAAAAUGUAUUCUAAUGACAAAAUUAAAUUACACAUCCGAGGAAAUUCACAAAAUCCUGAUAACCGUAAUACUACUGGAUAUAAUGGAACCCCGCGAUAUUCUUCAAUCCAAUCAAGACUUAAGUUUAAACAUCGUCCAAGAAUCGACAAAGAUUUAAGAACAAAACUUGCAGCAAAACUAAUUAAACGUGAUAAUCAUGAUUAUACUUCUAAUGAGGAUUCAAAUGUAAAUCGUAGUUUACGAAGCAUUAUUUUUAGAAAUAAAGAAAUCCAGAUAAAAUCUGGACCUAUGCCACUUAGAAGACCUCAUUUGCAAAGUGACAUUAGAUCUAAAACAUAUUCAAGUGGAGAAAUUAGUUGGUAUAAGAUAAGUACAUCCUUUGGAAAUAAGUAUGACAAAGAUUACAUAAUUCAUAAACUUCUCAAAAUCACAGCGCCAUUAACUUUCAUACCGAUCAUGUAUCGAGUGAUAGGACAAGAGGCAGUAUUUUAUGUAGAUGACCAAAGAACAGCAAGCACAUUACUUGACUGUGACCGAAAAAUAACAACCCCAGAUAACUUUAAAAUAUCAGUCAAAGUAAAACCUGGUUAUCCAAAUUGCCAAAUAGAUGAAACUUUGAAGACAAAAUUAAAAAUAGCUAUGGCUAGACGAUAUAUUACAGCUAAUAAAGCUUUAGAUUUAUCAUGUUUUCAUCAUGACCCGGAGCUUGUUGAAAAUCAUUUUUGCGCUCUGUUUAGACCAGAAAUGAUGAUGACAGUUUUAGAGAUCGCUGGUCAGGCGAUUCCAAAUUUAGAGGCUUUGAAUCUUGAUAAUAAUAGAUUGUCUGUACUAGAAAAAUUGAACGUACUUCAAGAAAAGUUUGCUAAUUUGAAAGUCCUACACAUAGGUGAUAAUAAAAUCAGGAGCUUACAUCAAAUUGAUGAAUUAGGAGAUUUAAAAUUAAAUGAGUUCAGACUUGAAGGCAAUCCAUUGUGUGAUAGAUAUCAAAAUCGUUUUGAUGAUUAUGUCAGGGACAUUAGAGAAAGAUUUCCAAAACUACUUCGAUUGGAUGGAGUAGAGCUUCCGAAACCGAUUUCAUUUGAUGUAUCAGAUGAAGGCACCAAAAUUCCUCUGAGUCAUCGAGUUUUUACAGCAAAUGCUAAAGCCCAAGAAAUUGCCUACCAAUUCAUGCAACAGUAUUUCACUAUUUUUGACGGUGAAUCUCGACAACCACUUUUAGAUGCGUACCACGAACAAGCUGUUUUUGAUUUGGUUAUUACUCCAUGUUCAACAAUACACGAAUUUAAACAUUACUUUGAUGUAAAUCGAAAUUUAUUUCGUAUAAAUGAUGUGACCAAAAGAAAAAGAUUGCUGAAGCAAGGAAGGUUAUCUGUUGUGAGUUGUAUUUCAGAAAUACCAAAAACACGACAUUUUUCGAACACAUUCACUAUGGAUAUUGCUCUUGUGACUGAUACCAUGAUGGUCAUCACAGUGACUGGAAUCUUCAAAGAGAUAGGAACGAAAGAUGAACCAUUGCGCUACUUUGACCGUACUUUUAUUAUUGUUCCUGAAGGAACUGGAUAUUGUAUAAAAAAUGAACAACUUCAAUUAAGUCCACCAACAUUCUCUCAAGCGAAUCAAAUGAUAGAAGGACCAACAGUAACAUUUAUUCCCGAACCAGUUGCUAAUGUCGUAGCCACACCAUCAUCAAAUUCAGCUAGUGAACCUACAGAUGAAACCAAAAAUAAUAUGGCUAUAGAAUUAAGCCGUAUGACAAAUAUGAAUCUCAAUUGGAGUCUUAAAUGCCUACGAGAGGUAAAAUGGAGUUUUACCAUAGCUGUAUCAGCAUUCAACGAAUUUUUCCAACGUGGACAAAUCCCUCAAGAAGCAUUCGAGAAGUAAAGUCGUUAUUUUUUCUUACUUUGAUAUAGUAGUUAAACAGUUAAUAAUAAAAAUUUAUUAAUCAUUGAUAAAUUUCUUUCAUAAAAAGUUUGCUCAAAUAUUUGUCAUUAUUUGGCAUCAUUUGCCAAAUGUUACUGAAAAAACACAUGUUAAAGUUACAAUAUAAACUUAAGAUAUAUUAUU